AUGGCAAUCAUGCUCAAACAAUUAACCACCUCAAUUGGAUCAAUUGGUAUCUCUUCAUUUAGAAGCCAAUCUCAAUUCAUUUUUAGAACUCUCGCUACGGUUUCUGAACCACUUAGUGCCGACAUCCAAACUAGAAUUGCGGCAUUAACUCAAAAAUUACCAGACGCCCUCAAAAAGCAGUAUGCCGAAGAAAAACCUAAGAAGAAACGUUAUCUUCCCUCCUCGUUGAAGACGUUAAAGAAUACAAAAGAAUCGGGAAAGGACGUUGAACCAAAAUGGGAAAAAGCAGUCAAAUUGGAACACAAGGUAUUUGCACCUUUAUGCCCUCGUAAAAUCUCGAAGGCUAAUUUCAUUUCAAAAUUUUCUCAUACAUUCAAUAAGGGUGAGUUGUCGGAAGAGGAAGCUAAAUAUUGGAGUACUAACUAUGAAAGAUUUUUGUCCCUUUACGAAGUUUUUACGCCAAAGCCUAAGAAACCGUUAGGCCCCUUUCUAAGAUUUAGUACGGAGAAAAGGGGAAAAGGGUCAUCUUUCGCUGAGAUGGGAGAAAUUCUGAAGCAACUUUCAAAGGAAUGGGAGCAGUUAUCUGAUGAUGAAAAGAAGCUGUAUGCUCCCUCACUGAUCGAGCUUGCUAAAUUUGAGGAAGACUUACAAGAGUGGAAAGAUCGUAGAUUGGUUGAAUACACUACUUUCGAGAAGAAUGUCGAGGAGUUCGAAUUAGACCCUCCACUCAAUUCUUUAUAG